CAGACGUCCGCAGAGAGUUACUGCCAAGUCGUGCUCCCACGUGAGAGUUUUGCAAUGUGAGAAGUUCCUUUGCUGGGGAUUUUGUGUGCCGACUGCGACAUUCGUGCUGCCAGAAUGAAAGAGAGAUUAAGUGACAUCGUCUUUCUCCUCAUCUUCGCUGUGAAUUUCACUUGUGGACAAGAUUAUCCUGGUACUUUGGUCCAACAGCGAGCAAGUAGGCGGCGACAUCGCCACAGAGGAGUACUGGAGUUGGGCGGCGCUGUGGCUUUCGUGGGAGACGACCAGCCCAGAUCGAUGCCGCUCUUCGAGGCGACUGAUAUCGACAAUGAGAUUAUCAUGGAGCCAAUCAAUUUGCCACACUCCACCGAGAUACACACUCAUUUCGCCACCUCAGACGUCUCAGACGUGCAGGCUGCCGGAGGCGCAGGAAAGUCAGCGAGGAGCGUUAUGAAGCGGUCGCGGAAGCGUCAUCAUCACCAUCGCCAUGCGGAGCACCGAAGGCAGAGGAAGCGGAAAAAGGCGCGCCUAAAGGAGUUGGAUGAGUUGCGGAAGAAGGUGGCGCGCGAGGAGCGGAAGUGGUGGCGGAAGCGCAAGAAGGAGCUGGAGUUCGAGGAGAUGUUCUUCGACCAGGAGAGCCACAAUCCCAACGUCAUUCCCACGGACGCCACGCCGCCAUGUACAAAAUCAUCCGCGGAGAAGCUGACCAACUUGUCCAGCAGAAUUGACCACUUUCGCUAUCACCGCGUCAAUGCGCUGGACAGCGAGAGCCGCGCUCUGCCUUUCGUCGCCAUCACGGAUCCACGGCCGCGCGACGCGAUCACGCACAAGAGCGCGGCCGCGAAGGCUUGAGAGACAGAAGAGAGUAUCUUCCCCGAAAUGGGCUGUGAAGAUUUACAUUUGGCGCUCGCUGUUCGGAGUGAGUGAGAGUUGGAAUUGUGCAUAAUUAAUUUUCAAUCAUGAUAUUACUUUCAUGAGAAAAAUGAAUUAUUCGGUGUCGAUCAAAGUGAUAAUAAAGUGAAAUUAAAUGUGAGUGGCAUCACAAAAAUUGCCAAUGAUUAACAAUAAUUAUCGCUCUGAAAUUGACACUGGGUAAUAUCCAUCAAUUGAGCCCAUUGAUUGACAACUCAAUUUACUUUGACUCAUAAUUAUCGAAAUGGAUAUAUUUUAUAAUUAAUGCGAAAAAUGAGUAUUUUUUAAUAUUUCAUUAAACAAACUUCCGGCAUAUAUUCGUCAGUUUUGACACAAACCCUGCUGUGAAGUCCUAUUUUUCUCUGGGCAUCAUUGAAAAUCAUGAGUUAGGCAAUUAAGUGCACAAAGUAUGUUGAAGUUCUCACCACACUUUUAAUUAAAUUCCUACCAUAGUCGUGGUUUUCCGUUUCGAAACAAUUUUUCCACCCGCGAUAUGGAAAAGUGAAAAUCAUAUACAUUAAAAAUAGACAUAAACUUAACUCCCAGUUUUGUGUCCUUCCGCAUGUAAUGACGUAAUAAUGUGUAAAAAAAAUACACCCACAAUUGUAGAAUGUGAGAGGAAAAAAAUUUUGCUGAAAAUAAAUGAA